AUGGAGAGCUGGUCUGCAUCAGGACCUGAGGGAUUUCAAGCUGGUUUUUACAAGUCACAGUGGAGUAUAGUGGGUAAUGAUGUUUGUGGAAUGGCAGCAUAUGUUUUAGACAGACUUAUAAAUGAUAAUACUAUUAUAGCUCAUGAAUUGAUUCACUCAAUGAAAAGAAAAGAAGGUGAAGGUGGAUGGCUAGCUUUAAAGCUUGACAUGUCAAAAGAUUUUGACAUAUUGGAAUGGCCUUUUCUACUUAAAGUUCUUCAAAGUUUUGGAUUCUGUGAAGAUUGGUGUCAACUAAUCAAGCAAUGUAUCAGUACUACUUCCUUAUCUGUCAUACUUAAUGGUUUACCAUGUGAUGAAUUUUCACCUACAAGAGGAAUUAGACAAGGAGAUCAUCCAUAUCUCUUCAUUAUUGCAAUGGAAUGGUUCUCCAGAACUCUCUUAGAAGCUCAUAAUUCAAAAGCAAUCAAAGGAAUUUUAGUAGCAAGAGGAGCACCACCUAUUAAUCAUCUUCUUUUUGCAGAUGAUUAUCUCAUUUUUACUCAAGAUAAUUCAAUCAGUGUGAAUAAUCUUCUUCAAGUCUUGAAGGAUUUUAGUUCACAGUCUGGUCAGGUCAUUAAUUUUGACGAAUCUUCUGUUUUCUAUAGUAACAACGUGAAUCCAUCUGUUAAAGCUUUUGAAGACAUUCAGCUUGCUUUUGAGAGAAGACUUGGUAAUUGGCAAGGAAUUAAUCUUCACCAAGCUGGUGGAACUACAAUGGUUAAAGUUGUGCUUAAUGAUGUUCCCAUGUAUCAGAUGAGUACUUUCAAGAUACCUAAGACUCUUAUCAAGAAGCUAGAUUCACUGCAAAGGAAAUUCUGGGAUCUGGAGAUGUUAAACCAUGCUCUUCUCACAAAAAUUGCAUGGAGAAUAUGUCAAAAUUCUGAUCAUUUGUUAACUAAAAUUCUCAAAGCAAAGUAUUUCAAGAAAGAAGAGUUUCUUCAUAUUGAAGGAGAAAGAAGUAAUUCUUCUUGGACUUGGAAGGGGAUUGAACUUGGUCUUUCAAUACUUCAACAAAACUACAACAUGGAAGUUAACAAUGGCAAGGGAACUAAAAUAUGGAUUGACAGAUGGAUCAUUGGUCUUGAUAUAAAAGUUGAGCCACUUCAUCCAUCACAUCUUCAAUAUGUGUUUGUCAGUGAGCCGAUAUUACCUGAGUCUAAUAGAUGGAAUAUUCCUCUUCUCAACAUAUUUUCCAAUUCAUAUAUAGUUGAUAGAAUCAAAGAUAUGCAUCUCUCUCAGGAUGAACAAGAUAUAGUUAGAUGGAGUCCUUCAAAAGAUGGUAUUUACUUUGUCAAGACUACCUACAAUAAACUUAUAGAAACUAGAGCUCAAAGUCAAGUUUCCUUAAAUGACAAUCCAACAUCAGUCUGGAAAGCUCUCUGGAAAAUGAAGUUACCCCAUCGUGUUAAACUCUUUAUAUGGAAAUGCUUGAAGAAUAUAGUACCUACAAGGGUUAGAUUAUCUCAGGAUGUUCAGAAUGCAGGAGGAGAUGAUAUUAACAAUUGGAGAAGCUUGUUAAUGGAUAUCUUGGAUGAAGCAUCUGUCUUUAAAUUCUUUGUAGAAACAUCCUUUGAUCAAAAUACUGAUGAGUGUGGUUUUGGAAUUGUCCUGUAUAAUGUUGCAGGUGCACGCGUUGGGUUCAAAGGAUCUCAUGCAGCUGGAAUAAUUGAUGCAGAAGCAGGAGAAUGUAGAGCUGUUAUUGAAGGGUUGAAAUGGGCAAAGGCAAUGGAACUGGACAGAAUUCAUCUAGUAGCUGAUGCUGAGACUGUCGUAAACUCGAUCAAUAAUGGCACUCUUUCUGUCAGAUGGGAGAAUAGGAAGAUCAUUCAAGAGAUUAAGCUUUUGCUUAAAACUUUUAAUUUUUUUUAA